AUGUUUAGUAAGUAUAUUCUUGUCGCAUCCUCCGUCUUUGCGAGUUUAACUGCUGCAGCAUCUACGGUUGAUUUGGAUGCCUUGCUUCUGCUAAGAGGGGUUGAGUCGCACGAUGGUGUUAAUACUGUGUUUUCAAGUGGAGACUUCUACCAGGUGAACUUUAUCGAAUCCAUUGCACCUGCUAUCGUGAACAGCUCCGUAAUCUUUCACGAUGUAUCUCAUGGUGUGGCCAUUGGCAAUGUCAAGAGUAGAGUAGAUGCCUCCAAACCAGAAGAAGUGUACUAUGACUGGGAACAGUACCAGGUGGUGAAUAGCGGUGAUUGGAGAACCGAGUAUGCUCCCGCCUCUGAAUGCAUGUGGAGAGACGAAAAACACAAAGGCGACGAUACACCAGACAGAUUUCCCAUUUCAGUGCCUUUUAAUUGGUCGUCUGAGUAUUCCAUUGUCGACUAUGACAAAGACGCUAAUGAAGACAGUUUGGACUUCAAGCUUAUUAAAUCGCUACUAAAUAAAAAAAAAAGGAACGAGAGCAUUUUUGUAAGAAAUGUUAACGAGACCGUCUCCCAGUCCAGUAUCAUGGUGGCACCAAUGAUAAAGCCAUACGACGUGGUCCAGCUUUGGUAUUCAAAAUUUAUGAUUUGGGCGAACGUUCAAAGACAAUAUUGUAGCGGUGUAUAUUCUGCGGGAACCGAAUGUGGCGCCUGGUCCAGAUAUUACCAUGUUGAUGCUCCUACGUACACCGAACCUAUUGUGUCUUACAUGACCAAAAUGUUGGAAGACGAGGUUCAAUGUCCAAACAAGAGAAACUCAACCGUCGCAGUGCCUCUUCAUCUGGAUGGUGAAAAACCUAGUAUUUUUUGGGCCUCAGAGGAUGAGGAAGAGCCGAACUCGAAGUCUCUCUGGAGUUCCCUGAGGGAUAUGUUCUUUAAAAGGAGCUAA